ACAGGGCACGCGGCUCGUGUGCCGUCCCUGGGUCCUCCCGCACACGACAUACGUCCGCCGCCACGCGACUGAUGCACACGCGUGCGGGAGCUAGCUAGUACUGGACAGCAACAGCAGCAGCAGCAUCAGCACCAUCAGGAGAAGAAGUAACAUAACCGGCAACACGCAUAUUGUACUAUAUUCCUUCUAUAUUCCUUCGCGACAACGGGAAUAUAGUGCAUCCGCGAAGAAGUUCCUCGCGGUUGCACCAACUUAACACCCAAAUCCUGACACGCGACCUCAGGAAGCUGUGCCACGUGUGAACCUGAUGAUAAACAAGUGCUGCAUUAGAAGUGUUUUUUUGAUCGUUGUUAAUCGUUUAAAACCUUGUCUCGUACAAUUUUCCAUCGUUUUAUAAUCAUUUUUUUUUUUAUUUUAUUUUAUUGAUUUAUCAAUUAUUAAAAUAGUGUGACAUUUUAUAUAAGUGUGAUAUCAUCGGUAUUAUUGUCGAGCAUGUCGAUCGAAAUAAAUCGAAACACGGUGUAUUACGGUGGUGAAUUAUUAAUGAAGAAUUAAAUCCCGUUUAUAAGCUCUACGUUUCGAUUUACAACAACGAUUGGUUAUCAAGGACAAGGUUUAACGAUCGGUGCACCCUUUGUUUGGUACCGCAAUGCGACUAGUAUGACACUUGAUCCGUUUAACAGAAGCAUCGUUAUGGGAUCGAUAUUAUUCUAUAACAGAUAACACCUACUAGCCUGGAAAAGUUAACUUUUCUGAUAAUUGCGGAAACACUUCACUUGCCACUGUUUGAACUUUUAACGAAAACAACUGCCAUUUAAGUCUUCCAAUUUUCUAUAGACAUUAUUGUUUCUUGAUUAUCUUCGAUACAAAUUUGUCAUAAAUAGUUGUUAACAAAAAACAUCGUGAGAAAAUGUGGCGAGUAGUAGUAGCAUGCUCAGACGAGAACAGUACGCUCUUGUCAUCGGACAUUACUUCUGGUGCAGUACCACCAACGCAUUUACCGUCAGGUCAUCAUUGGGGUUAUCCACCACCACCUCAUCACCAUUACCAACCGCAACAUCCUGACAUGCGUCAUCAUCACGAUAUGAGACCACCACCUCCUGACCUUCGUCAUGCACCACCACCACCACCACCACCACCGCCACCAUCUUCAAACAUCAACGAUAUCAGGAAUCACGAAAUGCAAAGACCUGAUCUUAGGCAUCAAGAAAUGCAAAGACAUCCGGAAGCACAAAGACAUCAUGAUAUGCAUAGAUCGGAGAUUGUCAGGCAUCAAGAUAUCCGACACAAUGAUGUCAGGCAUCAGGACAUGUCUGGUAUGAGACCUGAUAUUACUGAAAUGAGAUCUAAUCACGAAUAUUCUGAUAUGAAAAUGGAUGAAAUGAGAUCUCAAGAUGCUAACCAACAACAGCAACAACAACAGCAGCAACAACAGCAACAACAAAAUCAAGCCCAUCAACAAAGGAAUCUUAAAAGAGCUAUGAGCGACUCGGAUUGCGAUGACGUUUUUUCCGAAGAAAGUGGCAAAGAACCAUGCAACUCACCCGGAGGUGAUUCUUGUCAGCACGCAUCACGAAAACGUAGGAGAGGGAUGAUAGAAAAGAAACGUCGCGACAGAAUAAACGCAUCCCUCGGAGAACUGCGAAGAUUGGUGCCUGCAGCAGCUCGAGACCCUCACAGUGCGAAAUUGGAAAAGGCUGAAAUACUUCAGCUUACCGUUGAACAUUUGCGUACUCUUAGAAACAAGGGACCUGACGGAUACGACAGUACAAAGUUAGCUAUGGAUUAUCAUGCUGUUGGUUGGAGCGAAUGUGCCGCUGAAGUUGGACGUUAUCUCGUCACCAUGGAAGGUUUAGAUGAAAGGGAUCCAUUAAGGUUACGACUCCUUUCACAUCUUCAAAGUUUUCAUCGAGAACAUCCUGCCGGACCGCCAUCUUCAACCGGUGUCCCUGGUUCUGCUGUACCUUCGGCAACAACAUUAACGUCAACCUCAACAGCUAGCAACUAUGAACCACCUAGUAGUGUACCCACUGGUAUGCCACCAGGAACUGGUACUAUGCCACCACUUAUUGGUGGUGGUGCAUUAGGUUGGAGCCAAUAUCCUACGCAAUACGCACAACAACAAGGCAAACCUUACAGACCAUGGGGUGCUGAACUUGCCUAUUGAGGAUAUGAUUAUUUA